AUGGAGGCACGAGGCCGGGGACAAAACGCUUCUGAAAGCACACAGCACUUGUGGAGGGAGGAGGAGGAGGGGGAGGAGGAGGAGGAGGAGGGGGGAGGGAGGAGGAGGAGGGAGGAGGGGGGAGGAGGAGGAGGAGGGGGGAGGUGCGGGGGUGUGAAGCUGCUGGAGAACCAGGCCUUUGUGGAGGGCGUGCAGGAGCAGGUGAACGGGGCCCUGCUGGAGUACACUGUGGCCUCCUACCCUCAGUUCCAGGAGAAGUUCAGUGAGCUCCUGGUGCGCCUCCCUGAGCUGCGCCUCCUCAGCACCCAGGCCGAGGACUUCCUCUGCUACAUGCACCUCAGCGGGGAGGUGCCCUGCAACAACCUCCUCAUCGAGAUGCUGCACGCCAAGAGGGCCUGCGUGAGGAGGAGGAGGAGGAGCCAAGGAGGAGGAGGAGCCAAGGAGGAGGAGGAGGAGGAGGAGGAGGAGCUGAGGAGGAGCAAGGAGGUGCACUGUGGGACCCUCACCACCGCCAUCUUUGUGCUGUCUCCGUGGUUACGGAGUACACAGACCUGUGUGGGCACCUCCCCCACCUCCUCGGACACAGACCUGUGUGGGCACCUCCUCCACCUCCUCGGACACAGACCUGUGUGGGCACCUCCUCGGACACAGACCUGUGUGGGCAUCUCCUCCACCUCCUCAGACACAGACCUGUGUGGGCACCUCCUCCACCUCCUCGGACACAGACCUGUGUGGGCACCUCCUCCACCUCUUUGGACACAGACCUGUGUGGGCACCUCCUCCACCUCUUUGGACACAGACCUGUGUGGGCACCUCCCCCACCUCCUCGGACACAGACCUGUGUGGGCACCUCCUCCACCUCCUCAGACACAGACCUGUGUGGGCACCUCCUCCACCUCUUUGGACACAGACCUGUGUGGGCACCUCCCCCACCUCCUCGGACACAGACCUGUGUGGGCACCUCCUCCACCUCCUCAGACACAGACCUGUGUGGGCACCUCCUCCACCUCCUCAGACACAGACUUGUGUGGGUAUCUCCUCCACCUCCUCAGACGCAGACCUGUGUGGGCACCUCCUCGGACACAGACCUUCGUGGGCAUCUCCUCGGACACAGACCUUCGUGGGCACCUCCUCCUCUUGCACCUCCUCCUGGGACCUAGUUUAAAAAAGAAAACUAGUUAUGUACAAACUGAGGGUUUAGGGGGGACUGACACGGGGGAGGGGGCUCACCCUCUCACCCUCACCCUCUCACCCACUCACCCUCUCACCCACUCACCCUCUCACCCUCUCACCCACUCACCCUCACCCACUCACCCUCUCACCCAAUCACCCACUCACCCUCUCACCCACUCACCCUCUCACCCACUCACCCUCUCACCCACUCACCCUCUCACCCUCUCACCCUCUCACCCUCUCACCCACUCACCCUCUCACCCUCUCACCCACUCACCCUCUCACCCUCUCACCCUCUCACCCACUCACCCUCUCACCCACUCACCCACUCACCCACUCACCCUCUCACCCACUCACCCACUCACCCUCUCACCCACUCACCCUCUCACCCACUCACCCUCUCACCCACUCACCCUCUCACCCUCUCACCCACUCACCCUCUCACCCUCUCACCCUCUCACCCACUCACCCUCUCACCCACUCACCAUCACCCUCUCACCCAUCACCCACCCUCUCACCCACUCACCCUCUCACCCACUCACCUCUCACCCACUCACCCAUCACCCUCUCACCCUCUCACCCACUCACCCUCUCACCCACUCACCUCACUCACCCACUCACCCACUCACCCUCUCACCCUCUCACCCUCACUCACCCACUCACCCUCUCACCCUCACCACUCACUCUCACCCACUCACCCUCUCACCCUCACCCUCACCCACUCACCCUCACACCCUCUCACCCACCACUCACCUCUCACCCUCUCACCCUCUCACCCACUCACCCUCACCCUCACCCAACUCACCCUCUCACCCACUCACCCACUCACCCUCUCACCCACUCACCCAAUCACCCUCUCACCCACUCACCCAAUCACCCUCCACCCAAUCACCCUCACCCACUCACCCAAUCACCCUCUCACCCACUCACCCAAUCACCCUCUCACCCUCUCACCCACUCACCCUCUCACCCACUCACCCUCUCACCCUCUCACCCACUCACCCUCUCACCCACUCACCCUCUCACCCUCUCACCCCUUCAAUCAAACACAUAUAA